AUGACACCACCUGCGGACAUGGCAGAUACCGAAAGAAAAUCAAGAACAGAUUCCAAUGAAGCAGCCGCAGUGCAAAACAGGGAUGAUUCUACUGAUGUGGUGCCAUGUGAAUUACCUCACUUCGAUCCGAAGCUUGACUUUGACAGACGUAUUGGAGUAAGAAAAUGGGAAAAAAAAGAAAAUGUUGGAGGAUCAAGCAAUUUUGACCCCGAAAAUCUAAAGCAGAGACCUUCAAUACAGCUGUCAAAACUUCCCGUAAUCGUUAAAGAUGCUGGGAAGUCAACCCACAGCAAUUCGGAAAACGCCCAGCCGUUGAAGUCAAUGCCAAAAAUUUUAACGUGGCAACAGAUUGCAUCUUAG